CUCUCAAUUCUCACAUCCUACGCCCUACUCUUAAACUCGAAUGAAUGGACCAUCUCCGCCGACGAACUUCAUAGUGUUUCAAUCAGCUCUCAAUUCAAAGAGGGUUAUAAAGUAAAAUUUUGGGUCUUCUUUUUUUUUGGCUUGAAAAUUUUAUGGAGAAAGGCGAGAGCAUAUUGGAAGCGAUCUACGAAGAGGAUGAUUUAGGAGAUGUGGAGAUGCUUGAUGUAGAAGAAGGGGAGCUUGUGGAUAGUAACUCCGUAAAUGAUCCAGACAAACGCGGCUUCGCAGAUGUUAAUGGUGAAAAUCAAGGGUCCCAAAGUAAAAAUAAGAAGCGGGGAGGUAAUAAGAAGAAGAACAAGAAAAAAAAGAGUGGUUCAGGACCUAAACCUUUGGAUAUAAACAGGUUCGUGUUAGAUACUUGUAGACGGUUAAAAGAGAAGAAGUCAUACAUGGUGUACACUGCUGUGGGAUGUUUGGGGAUUUCUGCACUGAGUGAUCUUGUUAAAGAGAUUCCAUUUGCGACUUCAAAUCCUGUGCCCUUAGCUGAGAUGACUGACUUCAUUAGUUGCCUUUUGAUAGAGGUGGAUGCAAUUCAAUCUUGUGGAGGUCAGAUGACUGCUGAUGGCAGACGAUGUCGGACAGGUGGUGGCAUAUUAUGGAAUAUCAUAAAAGCACGAGAACCUGCUGCUUAUCGAGAAAUAAUGAAAAAGGCCAAGGAAUUUGAGAAGCAAUUUAAGCAACAAAAUGUCAGACAAGCACCAGCACAGAGCAAAGAGAUCUCUUCUCAAGAAACUACACUCUCGAAUGGAACUGCAGCAAGUGUUCCACAAGGUGCUGGACUUAUUCCUAAUGACCCGACAGAAGAGUUCAGUGCCGAAGGAGCACGCAAAUCUGUUCAUGAUAGAAUUAGGGUCCCUGUUUCAUAUGAAGACCUUCUAGGAGAGGAUUCAAAAGACGAUUAAUUUCAGCAUUUUCAAAUUAUGAAACUUUGCUUGGCAUCAAUUUUGCAUGUAUAGAUUUGUUGAUAAAAAGGGGUUUUACAGUAUUUGCAACGAUACAGAUGAGAUCGUUUUCAUUAAUGAAAGAAUUAUCAAGUUUAAAUUUGAUUAAAAAAAAAGUCCCUUGUUUUUUUUACCACUUUUUGAGUAUAUUAUGCGUUAAGCUGUAUACUUCCAUAGAGGGAUCUUUCAUUCUUACAACCUACUACAUUAUUGGAGCCUACUUUUUUUGGUCAUUAAUCAAUUGCAUGACUCAUCAUGGAAGAAUAGUUGGAAACUGACUGUUCCGAAUUCGUUAUCAUGCCAACGUAAUGGAUACAACAUGGCUACAAUCCACUGGACCAAAAAGCAUCUCAAUCUUUAGAAUAGUUAACGCUGGUUAACAAAUUAGUCACAGCUCACAAACGGGUGUUUGAAAACAUAUGUUCCUCUCUACCACACAACUAUUUAGCUUGGCUUUUGCUUCUUGUGGAAGAAGAGGCAAACCACGGUGCAGUCAUCUACUUUUGAAGAUGGGAACU